GUUUCUAUAGUUUAUCUGAAGGGUUUCAUAAUUCCAAUGACCGAACCACUGAAUGCCUGAAUUUAAGUCAAGUUUAGGUCAAGUGAGGUUCUUCAACUAACAGUAACAAAGGCGUUUAAGAGUGCAUCUGUGUUAGUUUAUCCGGCUGCAACUUCCUGGUUUGAAGGCUGCUCAACUCAAAGACGAACAAGCAGACAGAGAAACCUGGUCAGGUUCAGGAACGUUUUCAGUUUUUCAAAAUGCCUGCAAGUGUUCCUGCUGCACCAGAUUCGAAGUUGAAUGUGAGAUAUACCCGAAAAGUUCAAGAGAACAGAGGAGCGGGAGAGGACAACCAGGUGGAGAUCUUAGAGGAUCAAGAGCAUCGCGCUGAUCUUGGGUCACAAAAAGCCAGACCACACACUCCAAAGGAUCCUGUCAGAAGGUGUUUUACUGCAGUGACUCUGGGAGUGAUGUAUCUCCUGAUAUUGGCUGGAGUCUUCAUACGCUAUAUUUCAGUCACUUUGGAAAAAGACGAGCUGCAGACCAGAUACGACAGACUGAGCGACAGCUACAGCCAGCUCCAGGGAAAGAUUUCAGACAUGGCAGUCAACAACAGCCAGUUACGGGAUGAAGUGAAGCAGCUGAAGGACAAAAUUGAAGGGAAGCGGUGUCCUGAAGGAUGGACGAGAUUUGGAUGCAGCUGUUACUUUAAAUUCAAUGAGGAGAAAACUUGGCCUGACAGCAGAUCUGACUGUCAGAAGAAAGGAGCAGAUCUGGUGACCAUAAACAACGAAGAGGAACAGAACUUUGUCAAUAAGCUGAACGUGAAUGGAGAGUCCUGGAUUGGUCUAUGGAAAACAAAUACACAAACAGGACGGGCAUGGAAAUGGGAAUGGGUGGACGGAUCACCGCUGACAGAAACGUUCAGGGCAACAGGAUCGCCAAACCAGUACCAGUACGCUGCAGCAUACUGGGAUCAACAAGGACGAUGGACACUAAGAAAUUAUUAUUAUGAUUUUAAGAACUGGAUCUGUGAGAAACAGAUGUCCUGCAUUCUCUGAUGACAGAGGGGUGUGUAGCGUUGGAUCAGCUUCAUCAAAUCUGACCAAAUCACAUUUUACAUUUGUUCAGCUGUUUAUUCUGUGUUGCAUGCUAAAUAACCUGGAUUACAUAGAUAUUGUUCCUCUGCCCUACAUAGUGAACAAUCUGGUGGGAAGUCGUCCACUCUGCAGCUUUACAAAAAUAUUACAAUAAAAGU